AUGGAUACAGGCGGAGCCCCUUGCAAGUAUCACCGCAUCCAGAAUCGUGAGCUUUUACUGGAAAAGAAUUGUGUGCAGGUUCGGGGUUCCGAGGGCGAUCGUUUCAGACAACGGAACACAAGUAAUCAGACAAGGGAGUUCUGUGAGGAAAUGGGCAUUCAUAUGAGGUUCUCUUCGGUGGAGCACCCCCAGACCAAUGGCCAAGCAGAGUCGGCGAAUAAGGUGAUCUUGCGGGGUUUAAAGCGCCGGCUCUCUGAAGCAAAAGGGGCAUGGCUGGACGAAUUCCCGGUCGUGAUUUGGUCUUACGACACGACGCCGCAUUCAACCACAAGGGAAACGCCUUUCAGGAUGACUUACGGGGCAGACGCCAUGCUUCCAGUGGAGAUAGACAACAGCUCAUGGCGGACAGAGCCACGACUCGAGGGCCAGAACUCCUCCAACAUGGCGAUAGAGCUGGACCUGCUAUCCGAAACCCGAGAGGAAGCUCGUGUUAGAGAGGCGGCAAUGUAG